AUUGAAUCAAUUUUCCAAAAUAUUAAAUUUUUGAGAAACAAAAGCAUGGCUCAAUCCAUACAAGAUUUACUUUUGAAACGAUUUCGUUCUGAUUCUUUCGACAACGAUGAUGAUAAUGAAAAAUGUUCAUUAGAUUUGAAUUUAAAAUUUGAACGUGUACUACGAAUUGAUUCGAAACGUAAACAAGUCUGUCUACAAUGUAUUUAUGACCAACAACCGGCAAUAUUGAUUCUGGAAAAGAAUCCUUUCGAUGAACAGCUAUUGGCAAAAAUUGGUAACAAUUUCAGUCAAGUGGUUAAACGUGGCACGAAUCUAUUCCGAAACGAUAUCUAUGGGUCUUAUCUUAUUGAUGUAAUCUUUGACCAGUUAGAUGAUAAUUUAUUGCUCAACAAGAUAUUCAUGUCCAUCAUUCAUCCGGCAUCACCGAAAGAUAUCGAAAAAUAUAUCGACCAUCCACGCCGAAUGAUUGCUGAGACGUCUGAUCUGUAUGAACGGAUCACCAAGCCCUACAUUGAUGAACAAGUUUCCACACCUGGUCAUCUUCAAUGGCUUUAUAACGUUCUAGACGGCACUGCCGAAACCGAUCGAAUCAUCCAUUCGGACCAAGAUUUUAUAUUGGCCAAAGAUAUGAAAUGGAAUUGUAAACAAGACGAGUUGUCUGAAAUUGAAAAACAAGGCAUCUAUCUCAACGCAUUGGUUCGACGGCGAGAUCUCCAUAGUCUCAGAGAUUUGAAUGCUAAUCAUCUGCCAUUGCUUGAAGCCAUCUACGAACGAGGGCGUCAAGCCAUCUCAAAACGCUAUUCUAUUCACAUCGAUCAGUUACGUGUGUUCAUCCAUUAUCAACCUAGUUUCUACCAUGUUCAUGUACAUUUCACUCACAUUAUGAACGAACAUCAUGGAUUCCAAUGUGAACGAUCACAUCUGUUGGCCACCGUCAUUCAAAAUAUUCAUUUGAUGAAUGAUUACUAUCAAAAAGUUACAUUACAUUUCCCAUUGUCUGAUGCAUCAAAACUCAAAUUUGAUUAAAUUCCUACUAUUUCAACUAUUUCCAACUGAUAUAUUUAAUGUUUGAAUGUUUUAUAAAUGAUGAAAAUUAUUUAAAAUGCGACUAGAAUAAACAAAUGUUCCUCCUGA